AUGUCUGAACAAGGAGAUGUCUAUGCUCUCCGCUGGAAUAACAAUGCGUGUGUGCUGCAGUUCAACAAAGAGGUCAAGUAUGUCUGGGAAAGACAGUGGUCGCUGAUGACAUAUCUUUACCUCGCUGUUCGAUAUUUUGGUAUCUUCCUUGCAAUGCUUUCCGCCUUGUCAUCAGGGGGAGGACUGAUGUACAUGCCUGAGUCACUGCGAGUAUAUCGUCUUCAACUGAAACUGUUUGCUCAUCGCUACCCUCUUAUAGUUUUAAUCCAAUGGAGUUAUUCUGCAUAUUCAUGCUUGGCGGAAGGUAUGGAUAUUUUUUUAUACAGUCGACCUUCAGUGUUCUCGGUGAAAGAAAUAGUAACUGAAAACUUCAAGUACUGCGCGGUGUCCUUCAACAUAGGGCCUAUGCCUGCAAUAUAUGCUACCAUCCCCGUCAUAUCCUUCGAUAUCUUCCUAGCUGUUCUCGCAGUUGCCAUCGUUGUGAAACACAUGAAAGAACGGAAGGAAGUGAGAAUGAGGCCUAACACCUACGUGUUGAUGAUCGUGCGAUACCAUAUCCUAUACUUUGUCCUAAAUUUGACCUCCCAAAUAUUCAUGGCAAUGUUCUGGGCCAACCUUCCGACAGCGGUGUCGUAUCUGUUAUUUCUCUUCGCUGAUUCCGCGCCAUAUAUCAUCGCGCCCCGUCUGAUGAUCAGCAUCUGGGAUACGCAUGCCAACGACAGCUGCGUACAUGUUAGUACGGCGUUCGCAGAUUGUGUAUGUUGGGCCCCGUCACUAAGAUUCGAUGAGCAUGAGAUGGACGGUGCAUGA